AUGUGGUCACCACAUUCUUCUGACACAUUUGCAAGUUGUUCAGAUGAUAGUUUAGUUAUCCUUUGGAAUGUUAAAAAAGCCGAUAGUAAACUUGGAAGUGCCUUUUUCAAGCAUAUAGGCCAUCGGACUAGGGUUGCAGACAUCGCAUGGCAUCCUGAUGAUGCAUUUAGCAAUACGAUUGCGUCUGUAUCCACUAGUUUGAUCACCUCUAAUGAUAAUAAUAAGAUUAAGCCAAGUCUAAUUCAAGGGUUGUUAAUUGGUGUAUCAUACUCUGGAGUACUCCAGUCUGAGCUCAAACCAGUCUGUAGUGAGUCAUAA